UGGACUGCUACAUGUAUCUGAUGCUACCCACACUACCUAUCUGUAUCUGUCGAGUCCGCAGAGUCUCUCUCUCUGUUGCUCCCUUUUCCUCUCUUCCUCUCGCCCCCAUCCAGCACUAUACACUCUACCUCUUAGGGACAGAUUGUUGUCACCAUUCCCAGAGCUAGUCCUGUAAUCACGCUCAUGACAUGGACGUGCAAUUGAUUUUCGCCGUUGCCACCGGUUCUCUAGCGGUAUGCUCGUUGAGCAUCCUAUCUAUCGUCUUCUUCGUGCGUCGAAAACGUCGUCGAGAAAUGGCGAAGCAGCAGAUUCCCGCAACUCAGAUCUUCCACCUCCCUCCCAAGAUUCGACUGAGUGGUGGCGACGAUGACCUCCAACGACCACGAGAUCCUCCUAUACAAGACGUGGCCCAGUUCCGCCCACGUAUGAGCCACACGCCAACCAUGCACUCCAUGUCGACAGGGAGUCCCAUCCUGUCGCCCAUGUCCAGAUACUCUACAGACACUACCGCUACCUAUCACCGCAACAGCUUAUCCCGCACGUCCACCAUGACCAACAACAACAACAACAACAACAACAACAUCCAGCAAUAUCAUGGUCACCUUGCCCCCACUCCACACUGGUCAUCACCGCCUAUCUUCCCAGCCAGCCUUAUGCCUGGCUCCAGAACCAAUCUGGAAGCAGCAAACAGCUGGCUUCCCCCUUCACCACCACCCGCACUAGACACAGAUGUGAGACGAAUGUCUUACGAAGCAAGUCCCCUUCAACAACACGACCCGGCUCAUCAACUCUCCGCGCCACUAGGACCACUCCACCCCCAUCCAUCGAGCAAUAGACGCCUCACAAUAGACACGCCUCCAUACGCAUCCCAUGCUUCAUUACAUAGUAUCUCAGAGCGUAAUGCUUCUUAUCCUCCUCCUCCUCCUCCUCCUCCUCCUCCUCCUCCUCCUCCACUGCCAGUGCACACGGCUACGAAUCAACGAUACUAUAAUGCCAAGAACGGAACGAGAGAAACCCUCGUGCAUAUCGAAGGAACGCAGAAUGCACUGCCGGAGCUCUACGGGAGUGAACCUACCGCUGUCGGCGGGAGGGGCAGGAUGAAGGAGCGGUUGCGGAGGAGUCGAUAA